ACUAUUAUUUAUGGGGUCCAUACUGUGGACUUUAUUGUCCGGGUAAUAAUCAAGGGGGCAAUGACAUUUACCUAUCCAAUAAUGCAUUGCUGUGAACAAAGUUUAGAGAGCAGCAUAUGAAAUCCAGUGAUCGGUCGAUAUGGCAGCGGAGGCGGCGAUCUCAUCGGCGGUGGCACUGCUCGGCGAUCUGCUCAUCCAGAAGGUGAAAUCGGUGCGAGGCGUGGAGGGGAAGGUCCAGUCGUUGAAAGAAGAGCUGGAGUGGAUGCAAUCUUUCCUCAAACACGCGAACAAAAAGCAAGCUGAAGACGAGGGGGUGCGUAAUUGGAUAAAGAAGAUCAAAGAAGUCGCUCAAGACGCCGCUCAAGACGCCGAAGAUGCCAUCGAAAUGUUCCUCGUCAACGCCGAGAACGACAAGAACAGAGGCCUCCUCAAGAGAUGCACCAGCUUCGCGAAGCGUAUGUACCACCUCGACAGAAUCGGGGCCGAGAUCGAGUCGAUCCGAGCUAGGCUCGACGCCAUUGACAAGAGCCGCGAGAGGUACGGGAUUAAGAUUCUCGAAGAGGCGGCGGAGGGGGAUUCAACACGGAGGUCACAGGUUGAACUGCGGCGGCAGUUGGCUCAUUGGGAAAAGGACGAACACCUGGUGGGCAUGGAAGAUGAUGUGAAGAAGCUGCUGCGAGAAUCGGUUCUCGAUGAGGAGAGGAGAGGGAUUUCGAUUGCGGUUAUUGAGGGCAUGGGUGGCAUUGGGAAAUCGACGCUUGCUCGGGAGAUUUACAACCACCCCAACGUCGUUGCAGGGCGAUUCGAGUGUCGUGCUUGGGUGGUGGUUUCGAGUGAGUUUACGCCGCAAGAGACGAUCAAACAGCUGAUCUUCCAGCUGCCGAGGUCUAAACAAGACAACGAAGAGCUGCUUAACGAAAUCCAGAAAUUGGAGGAGUCGAUGAAGGACAAGCUAUACCUUCAACGGAAGCUUCAGGAAAUGCUUCACGAACAGCUGCAGGGCAAGAAUUACUUGAUAGUUCUGGAUGAUGUGUGGGAGAAAGAACAUUGGGAGUAUUUGAGGAGUGCUUUCCCUAAUGAACAAGAUAAAACAAGUAGAUUAAUACUUACUAGUCGCAACAAGAUAAUUACAAAGUAUGAUCAUUGUCUGCACAAGAUGAAGCUUCUAGACUCCAACAAGAGCUGGGAAUUGUUCUUGAAGAAGGCAUUCACUGGCAGCACCAAUGGCACAUGCCCACAAGAAUUGGAAAUUAUAGGAAGACAUAUCUUAGAAAAAUGCGAUGGUCUACCACUAGCAAUUAGUGUGGUAGGAGGCUUACUAGUGGAAACCCAAACCAAGAGUAGAUGGCAAGAAGUUCUUAACCAAAUAAACUCUUACUUGGAUACCCCCGAAAACAACGUACCAAAAAUCUUGGAGUUGAGUUAUCAGAAUCUGUCUCCCCAAUUGAAAUCAUGCUUCUUGUGCCUAGCCUUUUUCAAAGAAGAUUCUACUAUUCCUUCAAAAAGGCUGGUAAAUAUAUGGAUUGCACAAGGCUUGAUCCAACAAGAUGGAAAUGGAACAACUGAUGAGAUAGCCAGAGGCUAUUUAAAUGAGUUGAUCAAUCGGAGCAUGGUUCAGAUUGAUGAUUUCAUCAACGAUGAUCGAGUGAAGCAUUGUCGUCUCCAUGAUCUUCUUAGGGACCUAUGCUUAAGCAAAGCAGAGGAGGAAAUGGGCUUGAAGAUCGUAAAAGGGGAGGAGGAGGAGGGGGUUUCAUCUGAAUCCUCGUAUAAACCUCGUCAUCAUGUUGUCUAUGGUAAAAACCUUGAGACUUUCUCGUUCAAUCGGAAAAAGCAUAUUCGCUCUAUUUUCCUCCUUAAUGUCAGAGGUGAGGACGUUUAUGCAUCUCGUUACUGGAAGAGCUUUCAACUCCUUAAGAUACUCGACCUCGAUGGCUCUUCGUUCCAAAGAUUGCCAGACUCUUUUCGCUUCUUGCUUGGAUUGAAGUACUUUAGAAUACGUAGAGAUCCGAGUGCCAUUGGUUAUUUCGUACUGCAGCUCCCAAGUUGGUUUGAUCGCCUUAAAAAACUCGAGGUUCUUGAUGUGGAGAAGGGGCUUGUGUUGUUCCCAGAUGUUGCAUUGAAAAUGGAAAGGCUACGUCACUUCCAUAUACAUAGCGUCUAUGGCAGAACGAUGAUGAUAGAAAAUUGGAAAAGCAUUGAGAGUUUAAAACUCAUCAGACUCGAGGAUUGGCUGGAAUGCAGCUCAAGACUAAUGGCUAGUUGUCAUCUUCGUGAUUUGGGCAUAUGUAUUACCGGAAUGGAAGGAAGCGAUGAGUUUAGUCGGGCGCGAGCGUCGUUGGAAAAGAUGACGAAUCUUGUGGAACUACACUUAGAAAUCACCAUGUCGUUUUCAAUGGAAGAAAUUAUUCCAAAUCUCGAGAGUCUCACUAUACUUAAACUGGAUGGUGGCAUGCUCAAAUGUCCAGCUGCGAGUGUGUUUCCCCCAAAUCUUUCUCAUCUCACAUUGUGUAACCUAAAUGAUGAUCCCAUGCAAGAGUUGGGUAAGCUACCAAAGCUACAAUACCUCACCUUAUCAAGUUUAGUAGCUCUUUACAUGUGUGACAGAAUGAAAGUAUUGCAUGAUGGGUUCCCCUGUCUCAAGGCCCUCUCCCUCCAAAGCAUGGGUUUGUUGAGAUGUAUCGACAUCGAAGAAGGUGGAAUGCCGCACCUCAAACAACUCGAAAUUCAUCAUUGCCCAAAUUUGGAGGCUGAGAAUCUGCCCAAACACAUCAUCGUAUUAGCAGGGUAAAUUGGAUGUUGCUUAAUCAUUGUUGUUUUGUAUUAUAAAAUGGUUUUUGAUGCCUCAUUUCAUAUUGUGAGUUUCAUAUUUGCCUCAUUUGAUAUGUAUAUUUCUUAUUAAAGGUUUAUUUAUGCCCUAC